AUUUAUAAAGAAAAAAAAAUAAAACUAAAAAAUGAGUUAUCUUCUCCAACCUACAAUUCUUCUUUUAAAAGACGGAACUGAUUCAUCUUAAGGCAAAGGAUAAAUAAUAUCAAAUAUAAACGCUGUCUAAUCGAUAGUUGAAAUCGUCAAAACAACUUUAGGUCCUAGAGGUAUGGAUAAAUUAAUCCAAGGCAACAGAGGGGCUACAAUUUCAAAUGAUGGUGCCACAAUCUUAUCUUUAUUAGAUAUAGUACAUCCUGCUGCUAAAAUCUUAGUUGAAAUAGCGAAAUCUUAAGAUGAUGAAGUUGGUGAUGGCACAACUUCAGUUUGCUUACUCGCAGGUGAGCUUUUGAAAGAAUCCAAAUAAUUCAUAGAAGAAGGAAUGCAUCCUUAAAUAGUCGUCAAGGGUUACAAAUAAGCCUUAAAACUUGCCCUUGAACACCUCGAAGAGACCGCUUACUCAAUUGACUCCAAGAAUGAAGGCGAAAAACGCGAUAUGUUAUUAAAAUGUGCCAAGACAGCCUUAAACUCGAAAUUAUUGGCCCAUUAUAAAGACUUUUUUGCCACCCUAGUUGUCGAUGCAGUCCAAUAGUUAGAAACUAAUCUGCUUGAUAAGGACCUUAUAGGUAUAAAAAUGGUUACUGGAGGUUCUAUUACUGAAUCUUUUUUAGUAAAGGGAGUUGCUUUUAAAAAGACUUUUUCUUAUGCCGGUUUUGAGUAAUAACCUAAGAAAUUCUAAAACCCGAAAAUUUGUUUACUUAACAUUGAAUUGGAAUUAAAAGCGGAAAAAGAGAACGCCGAAAUCAGAAUAGAAAACCCAGACUAAUAUAAAUCUAUUGUUGAUGCCGAAUGGGAACUUAUAUAUGAAAAACUGAGAAAAAUAGUAGAAUCAGGAGCCAAUAUAGUCCUUUCAAAACUCCCUAUAGGUGAUUUGGCAACUUAGUAUUUUGCAGACAGAAAUAUUUUCUGCGCAGGAAGAGUAGAAUAAGAGGAUAUUAAGAGAGUAUAAAAAUCAACCGGGGCUAUUAUAUAGACAACUGUUAAUGGAUUAUAAGUAGAAUCUUUGGGUACUUGUAACGAAUUCGAAGAAGUCUAAAUAGGUGCUGAAAGGUAUAAUUUAUUUAAAGAUUGUCCGCAUUCGAAGUCUUCUACUAUUGUACUUAGAGGAGGUGCAGAGUAAUUCAUUUCUGAAGCCGAAAGAUCACUUAAUGAUGCUAUUAUGAUUGUCAGGAGAUGCAUUAAAGCUAACAAAAUUGUACCAGGAGGUGGAGCUAUUGAACUUGAUAUUUCUAGAAUUUUAAGACAACAUUCGAGAAAAACUGAAGGAAAAUUAUAAUUAGUUAUUAAUUCAUUUGCUAAGGCUUUGGAAACUAUACCUAGAACUAUUGCAGAUAAUGCUGGGUUGGAUUCAAUUUAGGUCUUGAACAAAUUAAGAUAAAAGCAUGCUAGUGAUCAUGAAAACGGAAAAUAUUUUGGUGUAGAUAUUAAUUCUUAAGACGGAACUGGUAACAAUUUAAAUAAUUUCGUCUGGGAACCUAUUAUUGUUAGAAAGAAUGCUUUCUCAGCUGCAACUGAAGCAGCUUGCACUAUUUUAUCCAUUGAUGAAACUGUUAAAAAUCCAAAAAGUGAAUAACCUAAGGCUCCACCUGGUGGUAUUAGAAGAGGAGGUCCUUAAGGUAUGGGCGGAUUAAACAAAAAUAUUAAACUUGGAAAAUGAUUUGUUUUCAUAUUUUUAUUUUUUAUAAAUAUAAAAUUAAAAAAUUCAUAUUUAUUAAUAUUAAUAUUAUUUUUUUAUAUAAAUAAGUUGUUAAAUUUUAUUUUUUUAAUGUUAUUUAAGGAAUUAUUGAAUUUUUUUAACCG